AUGCCCAUCACAGGGGUGUACUUUAUCCCCUCUAAUCCCAAUGCCUCAACGGCGCUCGCAACGGUGACUGAGCGCCUCCAUACUGCUCUUGCGGAAGAGCCAACCCUCGUCGGCCGGUGGUUUCUCGAACACAAGCUCAUGCGCGACACGCCAUCGUGUCUUCCAGUAUCCACCCCUCAGCAGCGCCAAGCGCAACCGCGCUACAUGCAGUUUCUUUCACUUUCCCACCACCCCAACCACGGUUUUAUUUACACCUCCGAACCUGUCCCCCCCCUUCGGACUAACUCCUCAGACCAAGCAGCGAACUCACCUUCCUUCAGCAGCCCAUCGUCAUCAUCGGCCGCCCAGUCCACUGCCGGCCCCAUGAUCAUGACUACUGUCCCGCUAGCAUCUAGCAGCACACUCUUCCAACACUUCGGCUACGCCUGCCAGCCUUUCUGGUGCCACCGUCACACGGUUACCGUGCCCGGUGGCGCCGUCUACGAUGUGGGCGACUUCCGUGUGCGUGUUGGGGAUGUCCGCCAAACGCAGCCGGCAGCGAGGAUCCGCGGCACGGUGGUGGAAAUUGAAUGGCUCGGUCCAUCCUUGGUCAGCUUGAUUAAUUCACAGACUCUGGCCAAGAAACUGGGCUCCGGUGCAUUAUCUGCAAGGACUGCGGCCGCGGCCGCUGACGAGGGGGACGUCGAUUCCGGGGUCGACGUGGCCUUCUUCCCGGAGGAAGUGGAAGAGGCGGAUAUUGAUGCUGAGUAUGACGCGAGUGCAGCGCUGAUUCGGGAGUUCUGGGCUCGGCUGGGGGUCGAGGGAGCGCGCGAGGCUAUUCAGGUGGCGGAUUUUGGGAAGGAGGUCAAGGAGCAGCUGCGAAGGCUCAAAGCGUCAAAUCUACAGAGUUUAUCCGAGCAGGAACUUGGACGUCAGCCGGAUGAAGAUCCGGAUCCGGCGGCGGGAGUGGAUUCGGCGAGACAGUUCAUGGAGAUCUUCAGGUUCAAUCGGUAA